UUAAUUUAAUUAAAGUUUAAUUUUUAGUUUUUCUGUAACUUUUUAAUGUUUGACUGAAACUUUCUGUCCCUCAGAGUUUUUUUAAAGAUGCUCCAGGCUCUGAAAGGCGUCAGACAGCUGCACAGCAGCAGCAUGAAGCAAGCAGUGUCGGAGCUCUCUGUCCCGGUGCCAUGGGGUCAGAUCCGAGGAAAGAUCUGGGGUCCGGAUCAGGGCCGUCCGGUCCUGUGCGUGCACGGCUGGGCUGAUAACUGUGGUACAUUCAACACCCUCAUUCCUCUGCUGCCCAAAGAGUUCAGGUACGUGGCGUUGGACCUGGCGGGUCACGGCCUGUCGUCACAUCGUCCUCCAGGAGUUUUCUACUCUUUCCCUGCGUACGUGGCGGAUGUUCGCCGAGUCGUUGACGCUCUGCAGUGGGAUAAAUUCUCCAUCAUAGGCCACAGCAUGGGUGGUAACAUCGCUGGGCUGUUCAGUGCUUUGUAUCCUGAGAUGGUGGACGCUGUGGUGCUGCUGGACUCUUACGGAUUCUUACCGACAGAACUGAAAGAAGUGACUAAAGUGAUGAGACAGGGGAUUGAAGAGAUGCUCCAGUUUGAAAAACGGACCGAAGAGAAGAAGACAAGAGUUUACACCUAUGAAAACGCAGUAGAGAGGCUGUUGGCUGCAAACAAGACUCUGUCUGAACAGUCUGUGCGCAUCCUUUUAGAGCGAGGUCUGGUUCAAGUUGAAGGAGGAGUGGUGUUCUCCAGAGACUUUCGUAUUAAUCUGAAAAACAUUGUGCGCAUCAGUUUGGAGCAGAGUCUGGAGAUGCAGUCGAGGAUUCAAGCCUCCGUUCAAGUUAUUCUAGCAGAAGACGGCUUUGAGAAAAUAUUUGCUGAACCAGAUCAAAAGAAAUUUACAUCAGCACUUCUUCAGGCCUACAGGGACAGAAAUCACUCGGUCAUAACAGUACCUGGCGAUCAUCACGUCCAUCUGAAUAAUCCUGGAGUCGUCGCUCCGCUUGUGUCUGACUUCCUGCAGACUAAAGUGUUGUCGCAGUCGGCAAACCUAACAGAUGAGCAGACCUCGAAGUUAUAGCAAACAAAGAAAACUUCAGUCACAUGACAGUACUGUAAAACACUGUUUCUACUCACCUUGGUGCUCAGUAUCAACUCAUGUUAUUUCUGCAGGACUGGACUUUUAAACAUAUUUUAAUAUAUUUUAAUGUGUAUUUAAGUGCCAGAGGCAUUAUGAGCAACACAAGCCAUGUUUCCCAUCGAGCUCCAGAUGGUCUGUAAACGAGUGAAGGUGUUGAAGAGAGAGAUCAGCCAAAAUGUGGCUUCAGCACAGUUUGUAUCUUUGGCUGUUUGUGUCAUCAACACUUCGCUCAGUUCAAUGAAUCUGUAUCAGUUCUGUAUUAGUUUGUCAUGCUGUAUUGUU